AUGGCGGCUCCCAAGGGAGUGUGGUGCCCAGCCUGUGGACUGGCAGGCCCGGCCCCCACCACACAGCGGGACGUCCUCAUCGCGCUGGCAAAGCAGAGCAUCCUCUCCAAGCUCCGCUUGCCAGACAGGCCCAACAUCACUCAGCCCAUGUCCAGGGGGACCCUCCUGACUGCUCUCCGCAGGAUGCGUGCGCAGCGCAUGGACACAGCCAUCUCCCCAGGGAUGCCCCAUGAUGGCAGCAUCCCACACGUGCGUCCUGGGAUGGGUGUGCAGGAAUAUGAGAUCUUGAGCUUUGCCGAGUCAGGGUCCUCCACCUCCAGCAGCAUUCGCUUGCAUUUCCGCUUCACCUGGGAGCUGGCUGUGAGCACCGAGAUCCUACAAGCCACCCUCUACCUGUUCUGGGCAGUCCCCAGCUCCGGGCCGCACCCUGUCACUGUCAGACUCUUGCAGCCAGACCCGACGGGACCAAACAUGACAAUGGCCAGCGAGACACAGCUGGAGGUGCAGAGGGCCGGCUGGGCCACACUGGAUGUGGGCCGAGCUGUCCAGAGCCUGUUCAGCCAAGGGAGCCAGAGGCUCACUGUGGAGCUGGAGGUGGCAGAGGGCUGGGGGUCUCCCCUCCUAGCUGGCCACAGUGAUUCCCACUGGCCAUUUGUGGCAGCCCAGGCCCGGGCCAGGACGCCCCACCGGGUCCAGCGGCGCAGCAUUGAUUGCAGUGGGGACUCUCAGAUGUGCUGCCGCAAGGAAUUCUUCGUGGACUUCAAGGAGAUCGGCUGGGAGGACUGGAUCAUCCAGCCAGAGGGGUAUCACAUGAACUACUGCGUGGGGCUCUGCCCCCUGCACAUGGCUGGCAUCCCUGGCCUCGCUGCCUCCUUCCACACGGCUGUCCUCAACCUCAUCAAAGCCAACAAUGCGGAUGCAGCCGUGGACUCCUGCUGUGUGCCCACGCAGCGUCGCCCCCUCUCUCUGCUCUACUAUGAUCGAGACAGCAACAUCGUCAAGACCGACAUCCCCGACAUGAUUGUCGAUGCCUGCGGUUGUACCUGA